AUGAUUCUUGCAUCUUUAUUAACAUUUGUUACUGUUGCGUUGGCCUUUGAUUGUUCUGAUAAAGAAAUUAAACGUUAUAAUUUUGAAAGUAUCAAGGGAGUCCAUUCCUACACCACUCUUAAGAAUACGCCACCUUCGCAAACAAACAUCACUUGGAGUGUCGGCAUAUGCCAGCCUAUUUCUGUUAUCAAAGAUUGUCCAGCAAACUCAGAUAUAUGUGGUGUAACAAGCAUCUUACGUAAAGAUGAAAAACCAGUUGUGUCUGAGGUAGUUUCAUUUACGUCUGAUUUGCAAAAAACUUUCGAGUCAUCUGACAACGGUAUCAAAGUUAUAUACAAGGGUGCUAAUUGGGGAGAUGCUCUUGUAAAUGCCGAAUUAAACUUCCAAUGUGAUAGGGAGUCUCAGAAUAACGAAUUCAUUUUGGAUCAAUGGGAUGGUACUAAUUUGAAACUUUCGAUGAAGACCAAAGCUGCCUGUAUCACUAGUGAAGAAGACAAGAAGAAAGAAAAACACGACAAUGGCGAAUCCUGGGGAUGGUUCACUUGGAUAUUUAUCUUUUUGGUAUUGUUUUUAAGUAUUUAUAUAAUUGGGGGUGCUUGGUUUCAGUACAAUAAAGGGAACGCUAUAGAUUUCCAGAGUGCCUUGAAAGAAGUUGUCGAGAACUUUAUCGAAUUGCUAAAGGGAUUACCCAGCUUUGGCAAAGAAAUUAUUGAAAAAUUUACUGGACGUAGUAAUAGAGGUGAAUAUAGUGCUGUAUAG